AUGCCUUUCAAUACCGCCAUUCAUUUCCAUGGGAUUGAACAGCGGAAUACUCCAUGGUCUGACGGUGUACCAGGUCUUACCCAAAGCAUAUCCAACCAGGACAUAGCUGGACACAUCGUUGGACCGCCACCUAGUACGGUACUUGCUGGUAUCAUGCCAUGCUACAAAGCCGCAGGUCACCGUCCAAACCAAGAAUGGGGCCUAGGCCGAACUGCUGCUCCAGUUGGGAGAAAUGCCACACAGCCCUGCCAUCCAAGCUCCGCAUGUCAUGCCAAGCAUUCCAACAAGGGUUUCAUUUUUGGUGUUGGUCCUGGUAUCUUCAAUUGGUCCAGUACAGAAGAAGCCUACGCUGAGCACCCUGAGUUCUCCCUGGAGAGCCCCCUAAUGAGAGAUAGAGAUACUUUCUUUACUAAUGGCCCCAAUGGAUCGGGACCAACAUGGAUGAUUGUGCGAUACCGGGUUGUCAACCCUGGCCCCUUCCUCUUCCACUACCAUAUCCAUACCAAUAUGGCCAAUGGAGUGGCUGUUGCUCUACUUGAUGGUAUAGAUGCCUGUCCUCAGGCCCCUGAGAGUGAGCACCGGAGCCCCCGACCUUGGUCUCAUAGCUAG